AUGUCUCCUGCACAGUUCUCAAGCGGUUCUGAAGAUUCAGACCCUACUCUAAAUGCCAAGACGCAUUCGUCAGACGACGAGCGCUCCGCUGUUGGUGCUGUGGCCCACGCAGAUAACGGAAAAGAGUUCCAGCGAAAGAAGGAUCAUAUGCCACGUGACCGCAGCAAUAGUCAUCUAAGCAUGAGUUUGAGUCGCAGCUCGCGAACUCGAGACUCCAGCGACUACGCAGACGCCGUGCGUGAUUUUGAGGCCAAGCCCAGCAACAGUGCCGAAGAUCCAGACCUCGAGCUUGUCAGGACCGGCACCAACGCCACAUCCGAAACCCACGCCCACAUCAACAGACGUGUGAGCCGGUUUUUGAGCGGCUCCCAGCACGACGAAAAGGAGAAUGCCGUGGACUACUCCAACUGUCCCAAUAUGGGCGGCGGAAGAGCGUUUCCUCCCAGCUUGCCUGAUCGUGAACAAUUCGAAGUCACUUUCGACGGCCCAAAUGACCCAAUCCAUCCGUACAACUGGCCAAAGGGUAAGAAGGCGUUCCUGUGUGGUUUACUGGGGCUCGAUGCCCUCGCCGUCGUUAUGGGCUCCUCCAUCUUUGCCUCUGCGGUACCCCAGAUUAGCGAGAUUUACCACGUCGCUAACGUCGUGGCUAUAUUGGGUGUAACCCUUUUCGUCUUUGGGUUUGCUGCCUCCCCAGUCGUCUACGCUCCGCUCUCUGAACUUUACGGAAGACAAAAACUACUUAUUCUAUCGUCCUUUGGUUACGUUUGCUUCUGUUUCGCCACGGCUGUCAGCAAAGAUUUACAAUCCAUUCUAAUUUGUAGAUUUUUUGCAGGUUUCGUUGGUGCUGCACCACUAGCUAUUGUCCCAGCGUGUAUGUUUGACAUGUUUGACAACGAGGGGCGUGGUACAGCUGUAACUAUAUUCGCAAUGGGUGUUUUCAUGGGUCCCAUUCUAGCUCCAGUGUUCGGCUCCUACAUCACUCAAUAUACCACCUGGAGAUGGACUCAAUAUGUGACGGGUAUGUUUGCCGCGUUAGUUACCUUGCUAUUGGCUUAUUUCUAUGAAGAAACUCAUCAUCCAAUUAUUUUGGUCAACAAGGCCCGCAAAAUGCGCGAAUUGACCGGGAACUGGGGUAUUCGUGCGGCUCAUGAAGACGCUCAGCUUUCCUUCAAGCAAAUCGCCGAAAAGACAAUCACCAGACCUAUUUACAUGUUGUUCACGGAGCCAAUUCUAUUUUGUAUCACCCUAUACCACUCCUUCGUCUACGGUAUCUUGUACCUGCUCCUGGAGGCCUAUCCAAUUGUUUUCGAAGGCAAAUACCAUUUUUAUAAAAAUGGGGAAUUACCAUACAUCGCUUUACUUGUUGGUAUGGCAGUGAAUGCCGUUUACAACAUUUACGAAGAGAAAUCCUACGUCCGGAAAGUGCGCGCCAACGAUGGUAAACCUUUGCCAGAAGCUCGCCUGCGCACUAUGGUCAUUGCCGGAAUUGUUUUUCCCAUCGGAAUUUUGUGGUUUUGUUGGACUGGUAACUACGCAGACAAAGUCAACUUCAUGGUUCCCACUGUUGCCGGUUCUUUCAUUGGCUUUGGUUUGAUUGGUAUUUUCUUACCUUGCUUCAACUACAUCAUCGAUUCUUACUUAUUCCUGUCCGCGUCGGCUAUCGCUGGUAACACAUUUAUGAGAUCAUCCUUCGGAGCCUCAUUUCCACUAUUUGCAGGAUUCAUGUUCAAUAACAUGGGUGUAAACUGGGCCGGUUUGUUGCUGGGUUUGUUUGCCUUGGCCAUGGUGCCCGUUCCGCUGCUGCUGAUGAAAUAUGGUAAGACACUAAGGAUGAAAUCCAAAUUUGCCUUUGUGCUAUAA